AUGCGGAACGUUGUCUCCCGUUACAAGAACAAAGGGUUGGCCAAGAUGGUGUGCGCAGCUGCCUUCUCUUAUAGACGUAAAGAUUUCAAUGACCACUUCGGAAAACUCAGGCAAGUGAAUGGGGCCUGUGUAAAAUACCUUGAAGACAUCGGGAAUGCCAAGUGGACGAGAACAUAUUUCCCAGGGAACCGAUACAACCUCCUCACUAGCAACGUUGCCGAGCAGCUCAACAAUGCAUUACGCAAAGCGAGGCCUUCACCAAUUAUUGAGCUCUUCAUGUUCAUCCAAAGAAUGUUGACCCGUUGGUUCUCAGCCAGGAGAAAAAAAUCAGCAAAACACAGGGGAGUUGUAACACCAGAGGUAGAGGCUGUUAUGCAGACACACAUCAAGCUUACAAAAGACAGCAAAAUAUCUAACAUUACUAGCCGGAGCUAUCAAGUGAAAGGGGUCUUUGGACACAACAACACUGUUUCGCUUGAGAAGAAAGUGCAAUGCACCUGCCAGGUUUUCCAACACCUCAAAAUCCCUUUCGGCCACGCAUUGUUAGCGGCCGAUUCGAUUGGUCUCCGACAUGGCCAACUAUUUGGAGACUGCUACAAAACACAAUCAUGGAGAGAUACCUACUCUGGUGCCAUCUACCCGGAGGCACCUUUAGGGGACCAGGAUACAUCUACUGCCAUCGAAAGUCUGGCCUUGCAGCCUCCAAAGACCCGUCGCCCCUCUGGCCAUCCCAAAGAAAACCAAAUCCCUUCAACCGGAGAAAUACAGGUUACAAAACACCGCUUUCUUCUGCCAUUUUUUACUUCUUUCCAAAACUAA